AAGUAAACACUGUAGAAAUGGCUCCUCCUCACCAUAGAAACCACAACUUCCGUCCGGAAAACGUAUUGAAGCGUGCCGAGGACUUGAUCGCUGUGGGCCAGCGUGAAGCUGCCUUAGACGUUCUUUACGACUUGAUUACUUCAAAGAGAAUCAGAUACUUACAAGUAGAAGACUUGGAACCCAUUGCCCUUUUACUUAUCGAGUUGGCAGUGGAUUUGAGAAGAGGAAAGCUUGCCAAAGAUGCCCUUCAUCAAUAUAAGAAGAAUGUGCAAAUGCUGGAAAACGGCUUAGAGUCUGUCCAAGUCAUUGUCAGAAGGUUCAUUGAGUUAGCCGAGAAGAAAUUGGACGAAGCCCAAGCCAAGGCUGAUAUCAGAAUUGACCAAGAGGAAGCCGACGAGGAUUUGGAGGCCGCCCAGACACCAGAAUCGAUUAUGUUAUCUGCUGUUUCUAACACUGAUGCUGCUGACAGAACCGAGAGAGAAUUGGUUACACCUUGGUUGAGAUUCCUUUGGGAAGCAUUCCGUGCCUGUUUGGAUAUCUUGAGAAACAAUUCUAAGUUGGAAGUUACGUAUUCUGCCAUUGUGAAUUCUGCAUUCAAGUUCUGUUUGAAUUUUUCCAGAAAAGCUGAAUUCAGAAGACUUUGUGAAUUGCUCAGAGCACACAUGCAAACAGUCACCACUCAGACCAAGACUGCUACCAACAAUGCCAUUGACUUGUCUGACACUGAAACUGUCCAGCGUUACUUGGAGCAACGUUUUGCUCAGUUGAACAUCUCGGUGAAGUUGGAGUUGUGGCAGGAAUCGUUCAGAUCUGUUGACGAUGUUCACACUUUGAUCACUGCCUCUAAGAAGGCUCCUAAGGCUAACAUGAUGGCCAACUACUACGAAAACUUGGCCAGAAUCUUCUCUGUUUCCGGUAACUCUCUUUUCCACGCUGCUGCUUGGAAUAAGUUCUUCAACUUGUACUCGCAGUCACCCAAUGCUUCUGACGAAGAGUUGAAGCGUUACGCUUCUUUGCUCGUUUUGUCUACCUUGGCUAUUCCACAAAAAGCCUUGAACACCAACGAAACAGUCGUGGACGAACACAAGACCAAGAACUCCAAGUUGACGUCGUUAUUGAACUUGAACCAAGUGCCUACCAAAGAAGGCUUGAUCAAGUCUAUUACUACCAGAUCCAUUUUAGCUUAUGUUGAUGAACCCAUCAAGAAGUUAUUCAAGCUCUUGCAGGGUGGUGAAUUCCAGCCAUUGACCAUCAAGUCCAAGAUUGUUGAGAUUUUCCAAGUCAUCGAAGCUGACAAGGACUACAAGCAGUAUGUCUCUACAUUGACCGAAGUUAUCUUGAUUAGAUUGUAUCAACAAGUAGCUCAAGUCUACGAGACAGUCAAGUUAGACUUUUUGGUUUCGUUGGGUGUUAUUGAAGGCAUUGAGAAUUCUUUGUCUAGUUUGGAAGUAGAGGACUUGAUUGUCAACGCUGUUAAGGGUGGACAUUUGUCUUUAACAAUUGACCAUGAAUCCAAUGUAGUUUCUUUCAAAUCUAACCCAUUCGAAGAGUCUCUUGACGAUACUACUACUGACAAGUUGCAAGUUUCGCCAGCUGAAUUAGUCAGAGCCCAAAUUUCGAAGUUAGCCCAGACAUUGUCUUCUGCUGCUCUUAUUAUUGAUCCAGGCUUUGAGGCUCGUCGUGAACAGGCACGCGCUGUUGCUUUACAGAGAGCUGUCAACGAGAUGGUCAGAGAACAGCAAGAGAUUGCUGAUCGUGUCCAGGUGAUCGAAGAGCGUAAACGUAUUGCCGACAAGAAGAAGCGCGAAGAAGAAGAAGCCGCUGCUCGUUUGAGACAAGAAAAGUUGUUGCAAGAGCAAAAGGCCGAACAGGAGAGAUUAGUGGCUGAACAAGAGAGAAGAAACUUGGAGAGAUUAGAAAGAGAAAAGGAGCUCAUCAGAGAACAAGAAAAGAGAAAGAUCGCCGAAGAAAUCAAUGCUAAGGGUAUUAUCAAGGUUGAUUUGGAUAAUUUGGCCGAAUUAGACACCCAAAAAUUGCAGUUGAUGCAAAUCCAGCAGUUGAGCAAAGAUAGAAAGGAAUUGGAAGACAAAUUGAAGGGUGUAGCCAAGAAGAGUGACCAUCUUGAAAGAGCCUUCAGAAGCUUCGAGUUGUCGCAUUUGGAGAAGGAUGCCGAAGAGCAGAAGGAGCAAGAGAUCAAGAACUACGAGCUUGCCAGACAAUCCAAGAUUGCCAGAGCCAAGAAGGAGUACGAAGAGGCCGUAGCAUUGAGAGACCGUUUCAACCGUAUUGUUCCUGACUACUCUAGCUUCAAGUCUGUUAUUGAUAAGAAGAACGCCGCUAGAGUUGCCGAGUUGAAGAAGGAGGCUGCUGCCAAGUUCAAGCAAGCUAAACAGGAGAGAAUCGAGAAGGUCAAGGCACAAAGAAUCGAAGAGUUGAGAGUCAAGCGCGAGAGAGAAAAGAAGGCAGCUGCUGAAGAAUCUGCUAAGAAGGCUAAAGAAGCUGAGUUGGCCAAGUGGAAGGAAGAGUUAAGAAUCCAAAAAGAAAAGGAUGAAGAGGCCACCAGAAGAAGAGCUGAAUUGGAGGAACAGGCUGCUGCCGAAGCCAAGGCCAAGCUUGCCCCACCAAAGCCACUUACCUUCGCUGAAAGAAUGAAGUUGAAGAGAGAAGGUAAGCUUGCUUAGACACUUAUAGCAUUAACUAUAUGGUACAAGACUUAGUGUUGAGAAUUAUAGAAAGUAUUG